AUGAUGAUUCAACCAGGUACCUCUGUUCAGAUGCAAAUCGGACAGCAAUCAUCGUCUCAAAUCACUUCAAACAUUGCAAUUCCUCAGCAACCACAGCAGCAACAACAGAGACCUACAAUGAUGAGCCCACCCAUCUCAAUGGAGAAUCCAAUGAUCAUGAUGAAACCAAAUACAUCACCAUCCUCAUCCGUAUCACCACAAAAACCAAUUCCCGCUACUGCUUCAUCACUUACCUCCAACCCAAUUCCAUCACCAACCUCUUCGGGCUCACAUGUCUCACUGACCAACAGUUUGCCAACCAAUAUGCCUACCUCCAAACCUGUACAAACUAAUAGCAUUACACCAACUGGUUCAAUUGGUGCAAUGUCUGCCAAAGAAAACAUUAUCCCUCCCAUUCCACAACAUCACAAAUCAACUCCAGCUCUCUCCUCCAUUUUACCAAGUACAAUGAACAACAACUCGUUGAUCAACCAACCACAAUCAAAUCCCCAACAACAACAACAACAACAACAACAACCAUUCUACUCAAUGGUUCAAAAUACAACUAUUACACAAUCGUCAAGUGUCCAAGCUACUUCUCCCAACCCAAUGUUUGCAUUUGACCAACUUACAAUCAACCCCUCACCUUUCGAGUUGCAACAACAACAGCAACAACAACAACAACAACAACCAAAACCUGUAUUUAGUAAUCAAGAUGAAGUCAAAAAGAAUAUGGACAAGUAUCAUCCAAUUGAGACACUCUCCCCCAAGUCUGAAGUUUUGUCUGAGGAGAAGAUUCGUAAGGAAGUCGAAGAGAAGAUCCGUAAGGAAGUUGAAGAGCGUGUAAGAAGAGAGUAUGAGGAAAAGAUGUCCAACGACAAGAAGAGUACACCAUUCUCGGUUCCACCUGCUCAAACAACCACCACUUCCUCACAUUCUAGCACCUCAAGUAGCACAACCACUACUACAUCUCCCACAGCAGUUCCAAAUAUCACUACCACUCCUGCACCUUCUUCUUCCUCUGGAUUCCCACUGGAUCUCUUUGAGAACUUCACCACCACAUCAACAUCCAACAGUCAAUCAUCGUCAUCGUCAUCCACCACCACAACCACCAACAUGCCAUCACCAUCUCUCAGAAAUCCAAUGGUCAAGGGACAGGAUAAAGACAGAAUCAAGAAGGAGCUCGAGACAAUCCACAAGGAUGGUCCAAAGAAGCCAGCAGCAACCGGUUUAAGAGCUGGAGCAACAUCGCCACCAACCGUCACUGAAUUCACUUGUCCAAUUUGCCAACAAAAGUGUCCGAAUGAACGUGUUCUAGGUGUUCAUAUUGAUGACUGGCACCCAAGCUCAUCCAGCAUGCUCAAGAAGGACGAUAGCAAGUCUUCUUCGUUCCCCUUUGACGAUCCAAAGAAGGACGCUUCCAUGCCAUCGAAAGACAACAACGGCAAGCCACGCUCCAAAACUGUAUCAUUUGCCCCACAAGUUACCAAAGACAAGAAGUCUGUAUCGUUUGAGUCUGAUGAGAAGCGAAGAGCCGGAAUCAAAACCACAACUACAACCACCACCUCAUCAUCUACAUCAUCUUCGUCAUCCAUUAUAUCUACAACCACAUCAUCGUCAACUUUGAAACCACACGGCAGAAGCGAUCACUCACCGGAUCUCUCUACCUCAUUUGAAUCUAUAUUUAUUCCACCAAAGCCAGUCAGAAUCCUCACUCAAGACCAGGCUGCAAUCAUUUUACAAUCAUACGUUCGUCGUUGGAAAGCCAGAAAGGAUUACAAACGUGAACAGCUCAGAACCAAGGCAGUCAGAGAGCUUAUCAAUACUGAAUGCACAUACGUUGAAGGUCUAGAAAAGUUAAUCGAACAUUUCGCAUUCCCACUCCGUGGACUUUGCCAAGCUGACAUUCCAAUGAUCUCACAGGAGGAAGUCGAUUUGAUUUUCGGUAAACAUGAAAUCAUUCUAAGUAUCAACAAAGAUUUAUAUAGAAGAUUAGUUGAGAGAGUCUGUAAGUGGACAUCUGCUCAAAAGAUUGGUGAUAUUUUAGUUGAAUUUGUAACACUAAAUGAAUUUAAAACUAUUUAUAAUAAUUUUACUUUGUCUUUCCAAAAUAUUUUAUCGACUAUUGAAAGACUUUCCAAUGCCAAGAGUUCUUUCAGAGCGUUCUUGAAAAACUCUGAGAAAUCAUUGUGGACCAAUGGUAGUGCGACCGGUACCAACCUACAGUCGUUGCUGAUCACACCAGUCCAGCGUAUCACUAGAUAUCUGCUACUGUUGAAGGAGAUCAUCAAGUACACCAAGCCAUCACAUGCAGAUUACGAUGACCUGUGUAUUUCUCUUUUCGAAGUACAGGAUAUCUGUACGGACGUCAAUGAGAAUCAGCGUAAAGAGGAGAACGAGAAGAUCAGAAUCCAGACACUGACCAACAUUGCCAACAGAAUCGAGAACAAACCAAAGGAUUUCCAAUUGGUAACCGACUCGAGAUUCCUUAUCCGUGAAGGCCAUAUCUCCCAAUACUCGACCGAGGAGGAGAAAGGAAAGGACAGAAUCUACUACCUCUUUAACGAUCUACUAUUGAUUGCCAAGGAAAGCAAGAAGAAACUUCAACUCAAGAACAAUUUGCCUUUAUCCAAUGUUAAAUUAAGAAAUAUUAAUGAUGGUCAAAAAUGUUAUGGCACAAUAUCAAAGAAUGCUUUUGAACUACAAGGUCAUGGUAACUCAAUAAUGAUGUUCUUCACUGAGACUCCUGAGGAAAAGGAAUCAUUAAUCAAAGAGUUGGAAGUUGUACUUUCAUCUUUCAUUUUACUUGGUGCUCGUUCUGUCACUAUGAUUUUUUUUAAUUCAUUAAAAUCAAAGUAUGGUCCAAUUGAGAGGAAUUCAUUGAUUAAUAGUAUACGUAAAGAUAAAAAACCAACACCCACACCCAAAAUACAGAGUGGAUCAACAACAACUAUACAAUCCAACCGAAAGAGAUAUGCAAAGGCUUUCGUAGAAAGAAACAUUCCAAAUUUCGAUAGAUUCUCCGUUUGGCACAAGAAUGUAUUCUUUCAAAAGGCACUGGAUACGAUCAACAAGAAAUCUGUUGUCAACAACGAUCAUAGUAUAGUAGAAUUGGAUCUUUCAAAGAUAAGAGAAGAAAGAGCUGCUGCAACACAACCAGCAACAAAAACAAAAGUACACUCUCAAGCAACAGAUACUACACUUGUGAAUCAAAAGAUCAAGAAACAAGUAUCUAACUUCAAUAGGUUGAAAAGAUACGAAAAACUAAAAGAAUCACUGAUCAGCAAAAAGAUACCUAAAGAUUUAAAGGUUGGUGCAUAUUACAUCUAUGAUAACAUUCUUAUCAAGUGUGAUCUAUACGAUCAAAUUAUCACUUGGCCAAUAUUUCAAUUCACCAAGUGGUACAGUGGUAUGGAUGACAUUCAGGAGGCACAAGAUUUCUUACAGAAUUCAGAGAAAGCAUUAUUAAAAUUCUAUGAGGCAGUAAGAUUAAGAGAUUUCGAUUUGCUAGACAAGAUGAUUUUAGGUGGUUCAUUUAAAGAUAGUUGGUUCAGAGAUUUCAGAUCUAAAUUGGAAAUCACUCGUGAUUACCCUGGUGAUAAGCUAUUGUUGUUGGUGAAUGGUUUGAAGAUCAUGGAGUUCAGUGAUUCAUUGGUAUACAGUUGGUUCGAUGAGGAUAGCGAUUGUGAUGUUGUGACCGCACACAAAUUCUAUGCUAAACAGCAUUAUACUGUGCUGGAUAAUGAAAACAUUCAUAUACAAAGUGAGGAGAAAUCGAAAAUGUAUUUUGGAGUUGUACAGUGGACUAAAGAUGCGAUGGGUGAUUGGAGAAUAAAAUCGUUAGGGUAUGAAUUUCCCGUGUGA